CUCUCUCUGUGCGCCCAAAACCACCUGAUGAAAACCCCGAUUCCCACUUAAUUCACUGGAGCUCAGUGAGUCGCAAACUCGCCACCGAGUUCGCCGGAGCCAACUCGACAGAGAGAGAGAGAGAGACAACACGGUUGAAAUGGACGGUCACUCCUCGCACCUCGCCGCGCAGAACCGUUCGCGCGGCUCCCAGACCCCCCCCCCCUCCCACUCCGCCGCCUCCGCCUCCGCCACCUCCUCCAUCCACCUCAAGCGCAAGCUCUCCGCCGCCAACGCCAGCGCCGCCUCCGCCGCCGCCGCCGCCGCCGCCGCGGCCGCAGCCGCCGACGACCACGCCCCACCCUUCCCUCCCUCCUCCAUCUCGGCCGACACCCGCGACGGCGCCCUCACCUCCAACGACGACCUCGAGAGCAUCUCUGCCCGCGGCGGAGGGGCCGGCGACGACUCCGACGACGAUUCCGACGAUGAGGAGGAGGACGAUGGCGAUAACGACGGCGGAUCCUCUCUCCGCACGUUCACCGCGGCUCGGCUCGAGAACGUGGGCCCGGCCGCGGCUCGGAACAGGAAGAUCAAGGCCGAGAGCAAUGCGACGGUCAAGGUCGAGAAGGAGGACUCCGCCAAGGACGGCGGUAAUGGUGCCGGCGUGGGAGCUCUGGGGCCAGCUGCGACCUCCGGCGCCGGUUCGGGCUCCGGAACUGUGCCGAAGGAGGAUGCUGUGAAGAUAUUCACCGAGAAUUUACAGGCGAGUGGGGCUUACAGUGCCAGAGAAGAGAACUUAAAAAGAGAGGAGGAAGCAGGAAGACUCAAGUUUGAAUGCCUUUCAAAUGAUGGUGUUGAUGACCAUAUGGUUUGGUUAAUAGGAUUAAAGAAUAUCUUUGCCAGGCAACUUCCUAAUAUGCCGAAGGAAUACAUCGUGCGUCUUGUUAUGGACAGAAACCACAAGUCAGUAAUGGUUAUCAGACGGAAUUUAGUUGUUGGUGGUAUCACUUAUCGCCCAUAUGCCAGUCAAAAGUUUGGUGAGAUAGCUUUCUGUGCAAUUAAGGCUGAUGAACAAGUAAAAGGUUAUGGCACAAGGCUGAUGAAUCACUUAAAACAGCACGCUCGUGACGUUGAUGGGCUAACUCAUUUUCUGACCUAUGCUGACAACAAUGCUGUUGGUUACUUCAUCAAGCAGGGUUUCACGAAAGAGAUAUACCUGGAUAAAGAUCGAUGGCAUGGGUAUAUUAAAGAUUAUGAUGGGGGAAUUCUUAUGGAAUGCAAAAUUGAUCCCAAACUUCCUUAUACAGAUCUAUCAACCAUGGUUCGCCGUCAAAGGCAGGCGAUUGAUGAAAAGAUAAGGGAACUCUCUAAUUGUCAUAUUGUCUACCAGGGGAUUGAUUUCCAGAAGAGAGAUGCAGGGGUUCCCCAAAAUACCAUCAAAAUGGAGGAUAUCCCUGGCUUGAGGGAGGCUGGGUGGACACCUGAUCAAUGGGGCUAUUCUAGGUUUAGAGGAUUGAGUGAUCAAAAGCGGUUGACUUUCUUUAUUCGCCAACUUCUGAAGGUAUUGAAUGACCAUAGUGAUGCUUGGCCAUUCAAGGAACCAGUUGAUGCUCGUGAGGUCCCUGAUUACUAUGACAUAAUUAAAGACCCUAUGGGUGGGUCCAAUUGGAUAUAUUGACGGGCUUGGACUUAGGCUUCCUCUUGGAGAUCUUCUCGGGUGAAGGUAUUGGGCUUUUGCUGUGUGCUCUCAACAGAUGGUAUUAGAGUCGAUAGUAGAUUGUUGUUCAGGUGUUUGGUGACUAUUUCAAGAAAGAAAUCUCAUGAUCGACACUUGCUUCCAGUGAAAAUUGCUAUCAAGGCUGGCAAGAAGAGACCAUGGACGGUUGGUCUAGAGACCAUAAACAGUUGGUCUGGUGAUGUGAGACCAUGGACAAUUGGUCGAUGUGAAGUAGAUACCAAGAAGUUAGAGACCAUGGAUAGUUGGUUUAGUAAUGCAAGUCCAGCGAGACCAUGGACAGUCUAGUGACAUUGCAUUGCAAUGACUUGGAUAUUCAACUUGAAAUAAGUUGAUGUAGAAGGACACUUAAAUAGCAGACCAUGGACAGCUAGUCAUAGAGACUAUUGUGAUGGGGAGAUUGUUAGGAUGCACGUGUAAGUUGUGUUGGAGAAUUGAUGUGGUGUUGAGCAGUUAAUAUAUCCCAAUUGGUCCAUAACUCAUUAGUUUAAGCUUUUGAGUGAAGUUACUGCAUAUAUUGAUGGGCUCAGAUUUAAGCUUCCUCUUGGUGAUCUCCCUGGAUGAAAUUGUUGAGCUUUUGCUGCGUGAUUCCAACAAAACAAGUGGCAGGGUGUAAGUAACCGCUGGGCACUGUAGCAAUAGCUACUUUACCCUUUGCUGUGAUGCAUCGUCAUCUGAGGUGGCAAAGUAUUUUGUCAUGAUCGUGAUCUACAGAGCGCACCAUGACGAUACACAUCAGCAGAGCACCUGACCUGGGAUGUGCAUCCUGAAGUGGGGUUCCCAGAGGAGUGGUAUAACCUUUUCUAGGCAGGGGAGUUAUAGCCUCACAAAUAUGUCACGAGUUUUUCCCUUGUGCAAAUUGUAGUUUAGCUUACUGGUUGGACCUAACUGGAAUUAGCCCAACGUUUGCAGCUGAAAGCAAGCCUUUGCCAGCCUGCCAUUUGAUCACAUUUAAGAAAAUCCAGCUAAGACAUAAUGCUAACUGUCAUGAGAAGUGCAAAUUCAAGUUUUUGUGCUUAUCCUCUUCAUUAUGGUGUAGGAAAAUUUACCAUGCACUUGCUUAUUGAA